AAGCUAGCACAAAAGAAGCUUACUUAUUUCCUGCAACAGCUUCCGGGUCACGGAGUCACGUUCGUUCUGUAGUUGCGUUUCAACGCUAGCUAAGUAGAUAAUGAGCUUAAACAGUCUUUGAGCCAGUCAGAAGCAGAUGUCAACGUUCAAGUUUCACAGGCGCAAAAUAUUUCUUUUCCUAGUAGUUGUUGUUUGUUGACCUAAGUAGCUGUAGCUAGCUUGAGAAGCUAACAGUUUGACAUCGAGUGUUUAGCUAGUUGAACAGAAUUAACAUGGGAGGUGAAGAAAAACGUUUUCACGGCUUUGGAGAAGAGCCGCCCACCGAUGCUUCAACAUAAAGACCCACGACUGAUGCAGCAGUCCACAGGGCUCAAAGAAGGAACGACAGUCCAAACUGGGACCAGAGGAAGGUCACUGGACACGAUGGGGGGAGCGAUGGGACCACUGCUACACUGGUUACAGGAUGUAGCAGCUGUUACACUCCUCAAAGCCCGACGGACAUUAUUUCAGGCUGCUAUCCUUUUUUGUACCUUGAUUUUACUGCUCUGGGUCUCCAUCUUUCUUUAUGGGAGUUUUUAUUACUCCUACAUGCCAACUGUGAGCUUCUCCACUCCUGUACACUUUUUUUACACAUCUGAUUGUGAUUCUCUUGAUUCAGCACUCUGCUCCUUCCCUACAGCCAACAUUUCUUUUAUGAAGAAUGAAAGAGACCAGGUGAUGGCUAAUGGUCAACCUUACCGAGUGUCGUUGGAGUUAGAGAUGCCAGAGUCUCCAGUGAAUGAACAGCUGGGUAUGUUCAUGGUGAAGAUGUCUUGUUAUACCAGAGGUGGGAAUACUGUCUCAACAGUGGGACGGUCUGUAAUGCUCCAUUACCGCUCCAACCUUCUGCAGACCCUCAGCACUUUAUUCUUCUCCCCUUUUCUCCUGACUGGGAUGGCUGAGCAGAAGCAGCUAAUAGAAGUAGAGUUCUUCUCAGAUUACAAGACAAAUGCUUAUCAACCCACGGUGGGCGCUGUCAUAAAAAUCCAUUCUAAACGAGUGCAGAUCUACUCAUCUCAGCUCCGUAUCCAUGCAUAUUUCACUGGAAUACGUUAUCUUCUUUACAACUUCCCACUGACAUCUGCAGUGAUUGGUGUUGCCACCAACUUCAGCUUCCUCAGUGUCAUUGCGCUGUUUGGCUACCUGCAGUUUGUAUGGGGUGGACUUUGGCCUCCAGAUCCAGUAAGAGUCAAGGUCAUGAUGGGAGACAACACCCGCAUCCAGAAGAGGAGGGAGGAGGCUCGAAAGCGCAUGGAGAAGGAAAAUUCCCAGAAGGAUUUGAGUGCUCCUACACUUAUUGGAUCUGUGGAUGGGACAUAUGAUUUUCAGGGAAAUGUUACAGCAGUAAAGUCAUCAUUAGAGAUCCCGUCUGAAAUCCCAGAUGCCUCUGAGUCUGGGAUCGAAGCUCCAGAUAGCAAAGAAGAAGAGUCUCAUGAAUCAGAGGACCCUGAGGAGAUCAACAGCACAGAAGUCUCAGAUGGAUACCUUCCAUCUCAUCCUGAGGAGACAGGACUUCGACAGAGACCAGGACCCUGGACAAGUAUAUAAACCAUAAAGAAAGCUUUUUAUGUGCUAAAAUCUUGCAUUUAGCCUGAAUGUGAUCUGCCAGAUGUUGAUAUGUUAAAACAAACCCAAUGGUUGGACAAAACUGACUUGCAUGAGAAUAUGUUACUUGUGUUGUUUUAGUUUGCACAUUACAGGCUAUUGUCUCGAUAACAGUUUACCUCAGUAAAAAUGUAGGUCUUUUCCCCCCUUUUUUUGAUUGCAUUGCUGUUACAGUUAUGUUUGGACCAUUUGAGUUUUCCAGGUGCUCAAAUCAGGAGCCGUUACGUUCCAUUUCGUCACAAGAUCAGCAACACUUCAACAUGCCCUGUUUUAGUCAGUGAACCUGUUUAUGUUUUGAUGUCCUGUUGCUGUUUUCUGACAUUACAGCCUCCUUUUAA